CAUAUUCAUUCCCCUCCUGCUCCCUCCCCUAGAUCGUUUCAUCAAUUGUUGCUACUUGCUAGUUGUAGGCUAUAGCGAGGUGGAGCAUUUCACUCCAACUACAGUAGUGUCUUCUUUAUCUAUCCUACUGUGAUCGCUGUGUGUGUGUGUGUGUGUGUGAGAUUCACCCAUCGACCAUGAGCAUCUCCGUGAACGGGCAGUCGGUGGUGCCGCCGGGGUUCCGGUUCCACCCCACGGAGGAGGAGCUGCUCACCUACUACCUCGCCAAGAAGGUGGCCUCGCAGCGCAUCGACCUCGACGUCAUCCCCGACGUCGACCUCAACAAGCUCGAGCCAUGGGACAUCCAAGAGCGCUGCCGGAUCGGAACUGGCCCGCAGAACGACUGGUACCUGUUCAGCCACAAGGACAAGAAGUACCCCACGGGGACGCGCACCAACCGCGCCACCACCGCCGGGUUCUGGAAGGCCACCGGCCGGGACAAGGCCAUCUACUCCGCCGCCGGCUCCGGACGCAUCGGCAUGCGCAAGACGCUCGUCUACUACAAGGGCCGUGCCCCACACGGCCACAAGUCGGACUGGAUCAUGCAUGAGUACCGCCUUGACGACGCCGUCGCCCCUCCGACCAACCCCGUCUUUGCUGCCGGCGACGCAAGUUCCUACUACUCCGGCAUCUCAUCCCCGGUUCACGACAUGGCCGGGGGCCAGUCGUCGUCGACACAGGAGGACGGGUGGGUCAUCUGUAGGGUGUUCAAGAAGAAGAACAUCGUCGUGCAACACCAAGCUGGCCAGAGCGGCGGCGGUCGUGGCGCAGCGUCCAACAAGCUGGUCGGCGCCGGUGCCAUGGAGCAUAGCCAGAGCAACUGCUCGUCGACCGUGACCCCCGCCAGCGCCAACGCCAAGGCGCAGAUGCAGCAGCACCUGCCGCACAGCGACGACGCGCUUGACCACAUCCUCAACUAUAUGGGCCGCUCAUCCACGGCAUCGUGCAGGCAGGAGACCAAGCCCCCCAACCCGUCAUCGUCAGCGCUGGACCACCUGAUCAACAGCGCGUGCCGCAACGGCACCAGCACCCUGUACGACAAGUUCAUGAAGCUCCCGCCGCUCCAGCACGUCGUCCCCGGCGGGCUCCUGCCGCCGCCGAACGAGUACGGCCGCGACUGGGACGCUCUUGACCGGCUCGCCGCCUACGAGCUCAACGGCCUCUCUAACCCCGCGUUGGCCGAGACAACGACAGACAUGUCCUACAUCGCCGACGAGCUCGGUGGUGUCACAUCCUACUCCGCCGGUGGCACGCUACACACUCCCUCCGUCACCGUGGCCGGCGACGGCGACCUGUGGAGCCUGGCGCGGCCAGUGUCAUCGCUACACGCAGACUUGACGAUGACCUGGUUUAAGGCUGUCGGAUGCUGACACUGUCCUAGCCCAAAAUUGCCUUUUUUGUUUAUAAGGAAAUUUUCAUAUAUCAAGCUAA